AUGCAGGACAUCCUGGAGAGGCCGAGCAGCAGCAGCAGCAGCAGCAGCAGUAUAAGCCCCUCGGGCCGCAGGGAAGAGCGCAAGGGCCCCAAAAGGAGACCCGAAAAGGAAGCAGAGGGGCCCCCCUUGGGCCUCGGAGAGGCCCGCGAGCUCAGGGGCCUCCUGACCCUUGCUGAGCAGCUGCAGGGGGGGCCCCCACAAGCCCGGGCCCUUUGUCCCCCCCGAAUUGCUGCAGUCAUUUCCCAGGCCUCCGAGGCCCUCUUGUCCCACAGAGAUCCCACGCCUUAA